CCUGCGCUGCUCGGCUGCUGCACAGCAGAAUGACGGCGGUGGGAAACACCAUGGCUGCCCCUCUGUCUCUCACCCAGCUCUCCAGUGGAAAUCCCAUCUAUGACAAAUACUAUCGACAGGUGGAUCCUACAGGCAGCGGGCGGGUGGCGGCAGGUGAUGCAGCUUUGUUCUUGAAGCGAUCAGGCUUGGCUGACCUGGUGCUGGGCAAGAUCUGGGAUUUGGCAGACUCAGAAAGGAAGGGUUCUCUCAACAAACAGCAAUUCUUCAUUGCACUGAGGUUGGUUGCUUGUGCUCAGAAUGGCCUGGAGGUGGCACUCAAGAGUCUUAAUGUGGCUGUUCCUCCUCCCAAAUUUCAUGACACAAGUAGUCCACUGUUAGCAGGAGGAGGGGGCACUGACAUUCCCUGGGUUGUAAAACCCGAGGAAAAGAUUAAGUAUGAUGCCAUCUUUGAGAGUCUGGGUCCAGUAGGAGGGAUGCUAUCAGGAGACAAAGUCAAGCCUGUCCUACUUAACUCCAAAUUGCCGGUGGACAUCCUUGGCAGGGUGUGGGAGCUCAGCGACCUUGACAGAGAUGGCAUGUUGGACAAAGAUGAAUUUUCUGUGGCAAUGUAUCUGGUGUAUAGAGCUCUGGAGGGCGAGAAUGUUCCCAUGUCCCUACCACCUCCCUUGGUUCCACCUUCCAAGAGGAAAAAACCUGUGGUACCUCCCGUGAUGCCCCUGUUACCCUCUCCCCCUUCUGUCAAAGACAGUCGCUCCUCCCAUGCUGGCUCUAAGUCCAUGCCCCACCCUCCCAAACCCACUCCAGCUCCCGCUCCAGCUCCUGCCCCAACACCAGCAGCUGUCCCUUGGGUGGUUUCACCAGCAGAAAAAGCCAAAUAUGAUGAACUGUUCACUAAGACGGAUGGUGACAUGGACGGCUUGGUUUCUGGACCUGAAGUCAGAGAUAUUUUCCUGAAGACUGGCCUUCCUUCUGCCACACUUGCACGCAUUUGGGAGCUGUGUGACAUUGGAGACAUAGGGAAGCUGACCCGCGAACAGUUUGCCCUGGCACUUUAUCUGAUCAAUCUGAAGCUAACUAAAGGCUUGGAUCCUCCGCAGAGUCUCUCCCCAGAGAUGAUACCUCCCUCAGACAAACAAAACAUCAAGCAGAAUAAUGCUGUUAACCUGGCAGCUGACUUCUCUGCUAUUAAGGAGCUGGACUCUCUCAGUAAUGAGAUUGUUGAACUACAAAGAGAGAAGAGCUCUGUGGAAGAGGAGAUCAAGGAGAAGGAAGAGGCCAUCCGACAGCGGAGCAGUGAAGUGCAGGACCUUCAGGAUGAGGUUGCGAGGGAGAACGAGGAAUUGCAGCGACUCCAGAGUCAACGUCAGAAGGUCCAGGACGCUUUAGAUGAGCUGGACCAACAGAAGAGCUCCCUGGAGGAGCAGCUCUCCCACAUUCGACAGCAGACCAGCCAAGAGACUAAACUUAUCUCAUCCCUGCAGUCGGAGCAUGAAGAUCAGGAACAGAGGAUAUCCCAGUACGAGGAGGAGCUGGUUCAAGCACGAGAGGAGCUUCUGGCUCUACAGGAGGAGAGCAGGACACUGCAAGAGAAGGUCCAGGCUGCUCAAGAACAACUCACUCCACUUGAGGAGUCCGUACAUGAUUCGUUCACACAGGUUUCACAGGUUCAACAGAAACUAAAAGACCUUCAGGUGGAGGAAAGGUCGGUCACUGCCCAGCUCAGCUGGAAACGAGCACUUGAGGACAGCUCUCCUGUCAUGGUCAAUGGGUCAACAGGACACACAGCAGAGCUACACCAGGGAGACUUCUUGCACCAGGACCUCUUCCAGGAGGACCAACCGAAAGAGCUGAAGGCGGAGGAACCGGCUACUGUCUGCACUCAGCAGAAAGAACAUUCAGAUGAAAAGGAGAAGGAAGAUGUCAAGGAGAAAGAAGGGGAAGAAGCAAAGAGGGAAGAGAGUCCAAAGGCUCUAGACGAUGAAAAACAGAAACCGGAUCCUCUGGAUGAUUUGUAUACCAGUCUAGCCUCCUCGGAUUUGUACAACAAUCUACCUAUUCUUUCCAAGCCACGGGAAGGCACUGUUAGGGAAAACGGCAGCCCUGCACCUGAUGCCUCCUCUGACACUAUUGAAGACCCUGAGGAAUCCCCAAGAGACAGCCCACUUAAGGUUGAAUCCCCAGAGCCUGAGAGCUUACAGGAGCAGGCAGAGUCCACAGAAACAACCAGCCCCCCAUUACCUCCCCAGGUCGGCCCUCGCUCCGUUCCUCCGCAGGGCAGCCCUCCAUCCCUACCUGAGAUGGACUUUUUCCAUUCAGACCCCUUCACCAAUCAUGAUCCAUUCAAAGAUGAUCCUUUUGGGAAAACAGAAGUUGGAGAUCCCUUUGGAGGAGAUCCGUUCAAAGGCACAGACCCUUUUGCUGCGGACUCCUUCUUUGUACAGACCUCCAGCACUGCCUUUGCUCCUGAGGAUCCUUUCUCUGCAUCAGCGGACCCAUUUGGUACUACUCCUGGGAUGCCAGAACCAGACCUGUUUGCAGCCAAGCCAAAUGACUCUGCUGCAGGACCAACGGCAGACCCCGAUCCCUUUGCUAGCAACCCCACAAAUCCAGCUUCAGCACCCAAGGAUCUUUUUAGUUCCACAGGGAACGACGCGGACAAGUCCGACCCAUUUGGGGGGAAUAUGAACACUGUGGGUGGGGAGGUGGAUCCCUUUGGUUCUCAGGAUGGAGGGAAGGAUCCCUUCAGCAGCUCCCCCCCGGCCUCCGAUCUGGCAGUGAAGGACACUGCAGCAACCAACGAUCCCUUUGCUCCAGGUGGUACGACAGUGAGCAGCACCUCUGAUCCAGAUCCAUUCGCUGCUGUGUUUGGUAAUGAAUCGUUUGGAGGUGGUUUUGCAGAUUUCAGUGCCUUGACGAAGUCAAAUGGUCAGGACCAGUUCGGCCUCAACAACAAGAACUUGUUCCAGGACGACAAUCAGCCUGCCAGCUCUGAUGUGCCCCCAGCCCUGCCCCCAAAAACGGGUACGCCAACCAGACCUCCCCCUCCUCCUCCAGGUAAGAGAUCGUCCAUCUCUAGGACAGAAUCGUGUGACUCCUCCCAUCGAAGAGGACACUUCCUCCCCCAAACAACAGGAGACUUCUCUUCCUCUUCCUCCUCCUCCUCCCUGCCUGCCAAGGAUCCUUUAGCCGACCCCUUCGCCCCUUCCUCCCCUCCUCGUCACAACGUACGGGAAGCUGACCGAUUUGCCAGCUUUGACAAAUAUCCAACAGAGGAAGACAUGAUAGAGUGGGCAAAGCGCGAGAGCGAGCGAGAGGAAAAGGAGCGACUAGCAAGGCUAACGCAGCAGGAGCAAGAGGACCUGGAGCUCGCCAUCGCUCUAAGCAAGUCUGAACUCUCCUGAGGAGGCUCCUCCCCUCAACUGGCCUAGCUUUGCACAGGCCGACCCGCCCCGGCCCAGAAAAACACCAAAGCAAAAUGGGGGACUGUAUAGGACUGACUCAGCAUCUGCUGGCCCCAUACAGAGGCUGAAACUGAUCCCUGAAUCGUUUAACCCCCCCCUUUUCCUCAACUGCUUACAGAUUUUUCUUUUUUUUUUUUUGGAAGGGGGGGGGGGGGCGUCAACGUUUUUCCAUCCUGUAGGUCCCUGCAGGUAUGACUGGAGGACACGAGCAAGAUGGAGGUUUAGUUUCAAGGACUGGACGGUGUUAUGAAACCACGGUGAAACAGGAUCCUGAGAUAAAGAAUUAGUUGUGCUGGAUGUGAUUACAACUAGACUGAAGUCCAAUUUUUAGCUGAAACCCAAACGCACCACUUUAUAUGCUUGCCACGUUAUUAAGUAUGUCAGGUGCACCUAACAAAAUGACCGGCAAGGGAAUUUUAGGGUCAUUUUGUCGAACCCACAAGACCAGAACUCAAACUUUUGUUGUGCUGUAUGACACACUGAAAAAUACAGAAAAACACAGCUGGGAGAAUUCAGAAAGGAGUGAAAUGGAGUGAGCAUACAUUUAAUGUGAGAUUUAGGGGCAAUUUAAAUCAGUAAUUCAAUGUUUGUCUAAAGUUGUGUCCUAUGAGAUUGGGGGAGGGGGGGAUCAACUCCUUUGCACACAAUUUCUGAAGUAGAUUAAUUACAUGGAACUACAUCCAGAUUACACCUGUUAGCAUUAAAAAUGAUGGCACACUACAGUGGGUUGCAGAGCAUUAGAGCGUCAUCACUUUUUAAACAAAGAAUGUGAUAUUCUAGAUUCACAUGUCAAGUCCCCAUCUUUUAAAUGUUACAUUUUCAGUUCAUCUCAUGAAUGUGGCCUAAUUCCAAAUAACACUAUUUUCUCAGAGAUUGAGUUACAAAACUGGACAGUCUGGACAUUAACAAGUAUCCAUUGGAAUAUGAAGUUCAGCGGGGUGGUCAGGAUUGAAUGUAUGUGAUUUGUUUUUAAUGUAUAUUAAAUUGUGUUGUUUAAUGUGAUUAACCUCCUGAACAGAAAAUCUUAAAGUACCGCAGAGUCCUACUCAAGGGCCAGGCUCCUUUUUUUUUUGUUUUUGAGAUGAAGCACAUUAAAAUAGUUAUUCAAAUGUAACUAUGAUUUCACAUAAAAUGUACAAUUGUCUUAUGGCGUUUUGUUCCAUUUCAAAUUGUGCCAUGGUGGUGCUUCCUUUUGUGAGCGUUUUGUUCAAGCUUUGGUUUUAUUUUCCAGAAUGUUUUUUUUUUUUGUUUUUAAGGAGACAUUUCCUCACUGAGAGACUUACUGGAUUUCAGACUAUUAGAAAAAAUUCAAACAAUGUGUUUUGUCCUUGUGCUCUUCAGGCUCUGUUGGGAUUUAACUUUAAAAAAAAAAAAAAAAAAAACACCUAUGUGCUCUGACAUCCUCACGCCUGUUGACACCCACACAUCCGCCUCCUGGCCAGCUGUGACUUCUUUUUUGACUAAUUUGGGGUUUUUUCCCAGAAAAGUUACUUUAUACUAAACUGUGAGUGAAGGUUUGUAAUGAGGGACGACUGAACCGAAGCGCAAGAUGGCUUUUUGUUUUCACUUGGCUUACUCAUUUCUGACCAACAACAGUAUGGACAGCUGUUCUCAUUCUGACUUCUUUUCUGUGUUGAGCCUCGAGUCAUCUUUUCAUGUUUAGCCAGUUUAUGCUUUUCAUUAAUACAGCACUUCCAACUCAGUGCAACAUCUCUUUGAACUUAAUUAAUGCCAGGGCAGAAGAUUUGCAUGUUUGUCCCAAGUCUCUUAUACUAGAGUUCAUAGUUCCUGACUUUGAGAGCCUACCAUACAGUCCAUGUUAUGUUGUUUGUACAGACAAAUCCAGAACCACUUAUGUUUGUAGACUUACUCAUACAGGCUUUUUAAAACUCAUGCUAAUUAAAUUUUAUUUUAUAUUUC